AUGGAUCCAUCCUGGCCGCAGCCGUAUUCCGACCCGGCCGGCGCCGCGAGGCGACACAAUGGCGGCUCGCAGAUUCUGCGAGACUACACCGGCCAAGCACCGGCGCCAGCUGCCUCGGGCUACUCCUAUGACCAUGCCCAAUACCACGGUGGCGCUUCGAUCCAUGGCGCUGUCCACAACGCUGCCAACCCUGCCGCGUCUCCGCCCAUGGCAAUCGCCUCCGCCAUUCGCGACGGCAACGGGGACAUCCCCAUGCACGACGCCCUCGACGCUCACGCCGGCAUCAAGUAUCCCAUGAGACCCCAUCACCAGUCUCACAUGUCGGGCGGCCGCCCCGCGAGUCUCCACUCCCCGCAGGAGCAGCCAUCGUCGGCAGCCCAACGAUACUCGCCCAUGGACACCUUGUCGCCCACGUCGCCCUACGCCCCCAAAACGAGCCAAUUUGCGCACCCGCCGACUCACACACAGUCUCCCACCGGACAGCCUGACUACCCCCAGAGCUCGUACUUCCCUGGCCGCCCCUCCGGUCAACACUUGCCGCCCAUCACGCCAUUCGCCUCGUCACAAGAUGGCUAUCCUUCGUCGACGGUGUCGGCCCUCGACGGCAGCUUGGUCAACAACCCCAAGUCACCGCAUCGCCAGAACCCACCCGCCCUGAAGCCUGUUCCCGAGUUCAGGAAGGUGAGAGCUGUGUCAGACUUGCAGCCCAAGAAGAGCCGGCAGCCGCCGUUCCGCCGCGCCAACCCUGAAGGCGGCUUCAUCAGCCCCCUGCAAGCGCUGACCGCUCAUUUGCCCGCAACGUACCGCAUUUGCAACCCCAGCUUCAAGUACGAGACAUCGCGGAAUCCCCGCAGAGUCUUGACAAAGCCCAGCAAGGGGGUUAAGAAUGACGGAUACGACAACGAGGACAGUGACUAUAUCCUCUAUGUGAACGAUAUUCUGGGGAACCGCUAUCUCAUCCUGGAUGUCCUCGGCCAGGGCACGUUCGGCCAGGUGGUCAAAUGCCAGAAUCUCAAGACGCAGGAGGUGGUCGCAGUCAAGGUCAUCAAGAACCGGACGGCCUACUUCAACCAGAGCAUGAUGGAAGUAUCAGUGCUUGACUUGCUCAACACCAAGCUUGAUAAGAAUGACGACCAUCACCUGUUGCGUCUCAAAGACACGUUUAUCCAUCGGCAGCAUCUUUGCCUCGUAUUUGAACUCCUCAGCGUCAACCUCUACGAGCUGAUCAAGCAGAAUCAGUUCCGUGGACUCAGCACCACGUUGGUGCGCGUCUUCGCCCAGCAACUUCUCAACGGGCUUGCUCUGCUCAACAAAGCACGGCUGAUCCAUUGCGAUUUGAAGCCAGAAAACAUCCUUCUCAAAAACCUGGAAAGCCCAAUCAUCAAAAUCAUCGAUUUCGGCUCGGCGUGCGAUGAGCGUCAGACAGUGUACACCUACAUUCAGUCGAGGUUCUACCGCUCACCCGAGGUGCUGCUUGGCUUGCCAUACUCGUCUGCCAUUGACAUGUGGUCCUUGGGCUGCAUCGUGGUCGAGCUGUUCCUGGGACUCCCCUUGUUCCCGGGGUCGUCUGAAUACAAUCAAGUUUCUCGCAUCGUAGAGAUGUUAGGCAAUCCACACAACUGGAUGAUCGAGAUGGGCAAGCAAGCCGGCGAAUUUUUCGAAAAGAGACAAGACGAAUUUGGUCGGCGGACCUACCACCUCAAGAGCAUGGAGCAGUAUGCUCGGGAACACAACACCAAGGAGCAACCCAGCAAGAAGUAUUUCCAAGCCAACACGCUUCCAGAGAUCAUCAAGUCGUACCCCAUGCCCCGCAAAAACAUGAAGCAAAGCGAAAUCGAUCGAGAAAUGAACAACCGGAUCGCCUUUAUCGACUUCGUCAGGGGCUUGCUGACCAUCAACCCUCUGGAGAGAUGGUCGCCGCAGCAAGCCAAGCUACAUCCUUUCAUCACUCAACAAAAGUACACGGGUCCCUUUGUGCCCCCCAUGAACCUGAAGUCAAGCUCCCUCAACCGGUCGCCAGCUCCGGGCACGCAGCAGCAGCAGCAAGCCGAGGCUCUGAGCAAGCAGCGCGCUCAGGCGGCACAGGCUCAAGCCAGCUCGGCGGCGCAAGGGGCGUACGCCAACAUGGCCGCUGGGCAGUAUGCGCAGUCUGCCCACCCCCAACAGCCCAUGUACAGCAGCAAUGCCGUUUACAGCCCGGGGCAGCCCCACGGAAACAUGGCACCACCAUAUGGACCCCAGGCUGCCCAAUACGGCCAGAUGGUCAUGCAGCCCACGCAGCAGAUGGCCACGGCGCAGUACAGCAGCGUCUCUCAGCCGAGCAUGUAUCAACAGGGAGGCCCACGAACUAGCCGGCAAAGGGCAUCGACCAUGGAGCAGCAGCAAAGCGGAAUUCCGGCUGCCAUUCAACGAGUGGCAAGCCACCUCGACCCCAGUCAACCCAUCCGCUUGCAGCCGAGCCCUGCGUAUUACCCGCCGCCGGGUGAUGGCAUGCCAGGCGUGGAAACCACGCCAGGUCGAGCAGGUAGACGCGGAAGUAGGCAGCAGCAAGGCGGCCGGGGAAACCGCGACUUCAUCCGCAACCUCGAGGAGCGUACCCUUGAGGAGGGUUUCAUGGGCAGCCAAAACCCUUGGCAUUGA